GACGGCCGGGGGCGGAGACAGGAGUCACGUGGUGCCGGAAAUAAAGUGCGCAACUGUUUCUCGAGGUGUUCUGAUUGAUCGCCGGUCAAUAACACACUCCGUUAUCAAAUAACAACGCGCAGAAAUUAAUAUCUGUUUUAACUGAGUGUUAAUCGACAUGACGCUGAACCGAAACCAUCACCCGAACGGAGGAGUCCUGAUCCAGGCCGGAGAGAGCAUCUUACGAGAAUGCAAGAACGUCGAACUUUCCUUCAGUGACGUCACGCCCAAAAACGACCUGUUCAAGGGGACCAAGAAGGGCUCCGUCUACCUCACUCAGUACAGGAUGGUGUUCGUCAGCAGCACGAUGAAAGAGAAGUUCUGCUCCCUCAUGUUCCCGUAUUACCUGAUGAAGAACUGCAGCAUCGAGCAGCCAGUGUUUGCUGCAAACUACAUCCAGGGGUUGAUCAAAGCCGAGGCGGGAGGUGGAUGGGAAGGUCAGGCCAACUUCAAGAUGUCUUUCCCCAGCGGAGGAGCCAUUGAGCUGGGACAGCACCUCUUCAAACUGGCCACCAACGCGUCUCGAGCUCCUCCGGCUCAGAACGGAGCGUUCGGAUUGGCUGCAGGGAUGAACGGAUACGCCAGUCCAGCCAUGCCGCAGCCGUACCCGUACCCGUAUCCCAGCAUGCCACAGGCCGGGUACAGCCCCUACCCACAACCCCCCGCUGCAGGUGUGUAUCCCAGCGCUCCCAUGUACAUGGCUCCUCCUCCUCCGUACCCCGGACCUCCUCAGGACUGGUGUCCUCCUCCAGCAGCUCCAGGAAAUGCCAAAGCAGCAGAAGCAGCCAGCAGCGCCUUCUAUAAUCCCAGCAACCCUCACAGCGUCUACAUGCCCAUGGAUCAGCCGCCUCCGUACUUCCCUCCUGAGAAUCCAGACAAGAAGAACAACUGAAGAACACGAACACGGACUUCUGGGGGAUCGGAGCGAUUCGCUCGUGUGCUGGAUGAGUCGUUCUGAUCGGUUCAUUUGAUUCGGUGUGUUUCUCUCUGUCAGAGCUGAAGCAGCCCAUUCAUUUAUACUGAUUUACUAUUUAGCCCGAAAAAAGUAACAUAAACACUUCUAUUUCUGCUUACUCCGUUUUUAAUCCUGGUGUGUGUGUGUGUGUGUGUGUGAUGAUGGACUCCUCUGUAAAUUCCUUUUGAUAAUAUAAUAACCAUAAUUCAUUGUAAAGUAGGUGAUAGUGGAUCAGUCCUGACAGAGUCGAUGAAUAAAGCUCUGUAUUCUCUCA